AUGCUUUUUAAAGAUAAAAUUAAAAAAUUAUUUUUAUUUUCUUUAGGAAAUAUUUUAAAAAUUAACAAGAAUUUACUAUUUAUUUUUGGAAAAGCAAAUACAUUUUCUAUAAUAUUCAAAAUUUAUUAUUUAGUAAUUAAUAAAACUAUGAUUUAGCCAUUUGAGUCUGAAGAAAAUUAAGCAACAGUUAAUAAAAUUUUAAAAGCGCUCUUAUUUGUUAGUGCAUUAAAUUGCUUUUAGAAGGCAGAAAUUAACUUCCCACUAUUUUUAUUUGCUAUUAUCUUGGUUGGCAAGAAAUAGGAUUAAAUAGUAAGAAUAUUUUAUUUGAUGGUAAUAACUUCGUUUACUGAUGUAGUUUGGAUAUUGCUUUGGUACAAAAAGUAUGAACUACCUGAAUUUCAAUAGGUUUCAAGCACAACUUAUUUUUUAUUUUAUUAUGGUCUGAUCGUUUCUUGUGUCUUAGUUUGCUUCAAGGUUAUUGCUUUCAUUUAUAUAGCAUAUUCCAGUGAGAUGGUUAGAUUUUAUCUUUCCUUUGAUGGAAUAAUAAAAGCUAUAUCUGAUAUAUUUGGUGAUUCUGAUGAUCAAUAAGCAGUAUAAAAAAGAAAUAGGUGA